AAAUACAAAUGUUUAUAGUCCCUAUUAAGCUACCAAUGGUGCACAUUUCUCCCCACUUAACAACAUAAGGCCAUAACUCUCUCUCUCUCUCUCUCCAAAGAAAAGAAACUAAGCUAUUCAAAACAUGUUGGCAAGAAGCAGAAGCACUACUCUUGUUCUUCCACUAGUAGUCACAUUAGUCCACCUCUCUCUCACCUUGCCUUCUCUCUCCUCCUCUUCGUCCACCGACGGAUUCGUCUUUGGUGGUUGCACCCAGCAGAAGUAUGCGUCGGACUCGCCCUAUGAGUCCAACAUCAACUCGCUCCUGACCUCCCUUGUCAACUCGGCUACCUACUCCUCCUACAACAACUUCACAGUGACAGGCUCCAGCUCCCACGACGUCGCGUAUGGCCUCUUCCAAUGCCGGGGCGACCUCGCCAUGCCCGACUGCGCCACUUGCGUCGCACGUGCCGUAAGCCAACUAGGCGGGUUGUGCUCAGAGACGUGCGGUGGUGCGAUUCAGCUCCAGGGUUGUUACGUCAAGUACGACAACGCCAGUUUUCUUGGGGUGGAGGAUAAGACGGUGGUUCUCAAGAAAUGUGGGCCCUCCGAAGGUUACGACGAAGAUGGGCUGGGCCGAAGAGAUGCUGUCCUCGCCUCCCUCGCGGGUUCUGGUGGGCCGUAUCGGGUCGGUGGAUCGGGUGAGGUACAAGGCGUGGCCCAAUGUGUAGGGGACUUGAGCUUCGGAGAGUGCCAGGAUUGUGUGUCUGAAGCCAUCGGACGGCUCAAAAACGACUGUGGUCAAGCAGUUUAUGGUGAUAUGUUCUUGGCCAAGUGUUACGCGAGGUAUUCCACCGCUGGGUCUCAUUUUUAUUCCAAGCCCCAUAAUGAUAAAUCAAGCAAUGAUGGUGAGAAGACAUUCGCAAUUAUCAUUGGAUUGUUAGCCGGAGUUGCCUUGAUCAUAAUCUUCCUUGCUUUCCUUCGAAAGAUCUGCGAAGGACAUGGUAAAUAAAUUAUUAAGUUAUUAUAUAGUUACAUGGCGAAGCCUUUAUGAAAACCCACGACGCUGAGCAAAGUGACUUGCUUUUUGGUGGCUUCCUUUUUCUCUUCAUUAUGUAACUUUCUUUUCUCUUUUUCCCCUUUAUUAUUUUGGAUUUUCUUUAAAAGUCGUUCCAAAAAAGAGAUGGGAAAGAUGGUAUGAUGGGGCACUUGCCUAAAACAUUGUUAAAAAAGAGGAUUAAGAUUCCAAACCUACUCUCCACUUAGCAUAAAGAAAUUCUCUAAUGUAAUAAAAAAAACCAUAUUCUUUUUGUAAAGGGCAGAUGAUAUGUUUUUCUUUGU